AUGGAGAGUGACGACAACGAAGACCUCAUCAACAGUCAGGGGGAUUCAGACACAGACUCUGAGCUGGAGGAUCGUGUGGACGGGGUCAAGUCCUGGUUGUCCAAAAGCAAAGGUUCGGCCAAGAAUCUGUCCGACGACGGCAGCCUGAAGAGCUCCAGAUUUGCUGCUAACGUAGAUGCAAAAGAAGGGAAAGAAUGGAAAGAGGGUAAGGAAUGGAAAGAGGCCAAUAAAGAAGGCAAAGAGGUAGAGUCCAGCAGGCCCGUGUCGGUUAUGAGCUCCCUUAGCUACAGAAAACGCUCCAACGUCGACUCCAAAGGAGGCGACGCUCUCUUCAGCGCCUUGAAAGAAAACGCAGACUCAGAGGACGGACUAAACUUCCGAAAGGCCAAACCCAAAGCCGCGGAUCUGCAGGACGACGCCUACUCCGUUAGCUCCAGGAGGAAGUCCCAGGUCGGGGACGAUACGAACGACAGGGACUCGGUCAUCUCCCACGCCUACUCGGAGGCCAACAGCCGAGCCCGAAAAGGCGUGGACAGCCGCUGGGGCGACUUCGACAAAGAAUCCACCAUUUCGUUCACCGCCCCGAGCAGGACUUCCAUGCGUGUCGGUUUGAGCCCGGAGGACGACGCCAAGUCGACCGUCAGCCUCGGCCUGUCGAGCCCGUUGGGACGCUGCAGAAGCACAUCGCGCCUAGGCGAAGGCCGAGCUAGCCGGGCCCCGUACAACAGCAGUCCCAGCAGUCCCUGCUUCGGCAGACGCGCCGCCAGCCGUAGUCCUGGCAGCGUCAGCCGAGCCGACUCCCGCAUGUCGCUGGCUCGUAGCUGCCGCCUCAGCGAGUUCGACGUAGAUCUUGAUGAUAGUCGAAGUGUGGCGUUCACCGAAAGGUCCGCCUACAGUCCUCACUCCUCCACUGGGCGCAGUGUCUCCAUGCCGCCGCCGCAAGCCAGAUCGUCAGUCACAGAUGAUGAUCCGGUAGAUAUCAAACCUGUCAGUCAUCGCAAUUACCUGGACCCAGACUUGGAGAAAGCCAUCAAUGAGGUACUGAGUUUUAAACCGAUCAAAUUUAAGCGCACAAGCUUGGAAGACUCCGAAGGUGAAGAAGGAAAGGCUGACGAUAGCAAGAGCGUGAACGGAGAGGGCGUCCGAUCUACCAGCGGCCUUCGACAUUCUGCGUCCGCCGUCGACUGCUUUAGACCGUCGUCUCGCAGCGCCAGCAGCUGCAGCAGCCGCCGUCGCAGCAAGAGUAAAAACAAAGGCAAGAAAAAGAAGAGAAGCCACAGCUCCAGUUCGGACAGCUCAGACGACGGCCGACGGAGCAGCUCCAAGAAGAGGUCCAAGAAGUCCAAGAAGAAGUCCAAGAAGAGGGACACGUCCUCGUCUUCUUCCUCUUCUGAUUCCGAGUCGGACUCCGAGUCGGAGUCCAGUUCCGGCGCCUCCACCAUUUCCUAUCGCAGUUCCAGCAGCGUGAAGAAGGCCCCGAAUCGGAAGAGCCCGGACGAAGACGAGGAGGCGAGGCCUCAGAGCGAAGCCCCGCCCCUCGACAAAAAGGAGGAGAAGAAGAGGAAGAAGAAGGUGGACAGUCUGGUGAUGAAGUACCUGUACCGGCCGGACAGCGACUGAGGACGCACCCCCCCGGUGGAAGACGCUACUGCUUCGACAGAUCCGACGACGAGGAGGAAGAAGAAGAAGAAAAAGAAGGCGGGGCCUCCCAGAGCUCGUACUACUCCAGAUACAGAUACAGCAGCCAUCUGAAGGACGACGGCGGC